CUUGCAAGCCCAGGAGCAACGAAGGCUUAUGAGACAGGAUCAUGUGGUGGAAGGUGCUUUACAAGCCAAGCAUCAUGAAGUUGGAAGUACCGCAAACAACCCAAGAAAAGACAAAGUUGAUGAAGGAUACUAUAGGAGUCUUAUUGGAUGUUUAAUGUAUCUCACUGCAACAAGGCCAGACAUUCUAUUUGCUGUAAGUAUUCUCUCUCGAUUUAUGCAUUGUGCUAGUGAAAUGCAUUUAAAAGCAGCAAAAAGAAUACUGAGAUAUAUUAAGGGCACUGUUGAUUAUGGUGUCAAAUUUGAGAGCUGUCCAACAUUCAAGUUGUGUGGAUUCUCUGAUAGUGACUGGGCUGGAUCCGUUGAUGACAUGAAGAGUACCUCUGGAUAUUGUUUCAGUCUAGGCUCAGGAGUUUUUUCAUGGUGCACAAAGAAGCAAGAGACAGUAGCACAAUCCACUGCAGAAGCCGAAUUCAUAGCAGCAACAACAGCUGUAAAUCAAGUUGUGUGGCUAAAAAAGAUUUUAUUUGAUUUACAUCUCCAACAAAAUCAUAAGAUAGAGGUAUUUAUUGACAACCAGGCAGCAAUUGCAAUUUCAAAGGAUCCUGUAUGUCAUGGGAAGACUAAACAUUUUAACAUCAAGCUCUAUUUUUUAGGAGAAAUGCAGCAAAAUGGAGAAGUGACUUUGGUUUAUUGCAAGUCAGGGGAUCAAUUGGCAGAUUUGUUUACAAAGCCACUUCCUGUCAGCAAGUUUGAGUUUUUAAGGCAGAAAAUUGGAGUUUGCAGAUCCUAAAGCAAGGAGGAGUGUUAAUUAUUGCUUUUGGACUGCAUUACGUGGCUG